AUGUCCUCUACUCUCUCUCCUCAAAGCCGACUCUUCACGCCCAUGCGCAUCGGGCCCGUGACUCUCUCGCACCGAGUCGUCAUGGCACCAUUGACCCGUCUGCGCUGCGACGAAUCGCACGUCCCGCUCCCCAUCGCGGAAACAUACUAUUCGCAGCGCGCCUCCGUCCCAGGAACGCUACUGAUCGCCGAAGCGACGAUGAUCUCACCGGCUGCGUCCGGAGUCCCGCAUGGCCCGGGGAUCUGGAGUCCCGAGCAGAUCCAGAGCUGGAAACGGAUCACCGACGCCGUGCACGCCAAAGGAAGUUUCAUCUUCAUCCAGUUUGUCGCACCAGGGCGCGCAGCGCACGCGGAGACCCUGAAGCGAGACUCCGGAAAAGAGGUUGGUGCGCCGAGCGCGAUCCCGAUGGAAGAGGGCGCCCAGGUCCCGGUUGAGUUGACAGAGGAUGAGAUCGAGGACCUGAUUGCCGAUUUUGCGACCGCGGGAAAGAACGCCAUGCAGGCUGGAUUCGAUGGCGUGGAGGUCCACGGCGCCAAUGGGUACCUGGUUGAUGAGUUCACGCAGGACGUGAGCAACCAGCGGACGGACGGCUGGGGAGGAAGCAUCGAGAAGCGCGCGCGGUUCGGGAUUGAGAUUGCGAAGGCGCUCAGCGAGGCGAUUGGGUCGGAGCGCGUGGGAUUCCGAAUCAGUCCGUGGAAUACGUGGCAGGGGAUGAAGAUGGCGGAGCCGGUGGCGCAGUUCUCGUACCUGGUGCGGGAGCUGAGGGAGUUGAAGCUGGGAUAUCUGCACAUCAUCGAGUCGCGGGUUGUGAACAAUGUAGACUGCGAGAAGAGCGAAGGCAUCGAGCCGUUCCUGGAGGUUUGGGGACGCGAUGCACCGGUUCUGGUGGCGGGAGGAUAUAACGCGAAGAACGCGGGCGAUAUUGACCACGUCUAUCAGGACAAUGAUGUGGCGGUCGUGUUUGGACGCCAUUUCCUGGCCAACCCUGAUCUUCCGUUCCGCUUGAAGAAUGGCAUUCCCUUGCAGAAGUAUCACCGGGAUACUUUCUAUACUCCGGUGCAGGCCGAGGGAUAUCUGGAUUAUCCCUUUAGUGCGGAGUUUGAGGCGACCUUGAAGAACUGA